AUGGGUGCAGUGUUCUCGGCUCAUCGCGAAGACGAAGACCCGGACUUCGUGUCGUUUGGCCUUGUGGUAUUGGACGAAUUGCAUUUUCCAGACAAGGGCAAUCUAUACGAUGUGCCUGGAGGCUCAGGCUCCUUUGGCACGUUUGGAGCCCGCAUCGCCAUUCCAGCAGCUCGCUCGAAAACAGUCGCUUGCAUCAUCGUAAUGGGCGAUGAUUUCCCAGAGGCAGUGCUCAAGCAGUUUCAGUCAUGGGCUCUAAACCUCCUGAUUCGUAAAGUGCCAGGCGCAAAGUCAACACGAGGGCUACUUGAGUACAAGGACAAGGCUUUUGGGCGCAAGACAUUUCGGUAUCUGACACCGCCGUUGAAUACGACUCCUGAGCUCCUCGAGGACUCAAAUCUGCUUUACUCAGCAUCUUUCCAUUUUCUCGCACGACCCGAAGACUUAGAAACACAAGUAGCAAAUCUUCUUCGUCGGCGAGCAGAGAGAAGUAAGACCGGCCGGCCACUGCUUGUCUGGGAGCCCGCGCCUCCGUACUGUAAUUCGCGUACUCGUACUGCGCAUCUGGAGAUGUGCAAGCGAGUUGAUGUCUUCUCACCUAAUCAUCUCGAACUUAUCUCUCUUUUCGAAGACCAUGAGCAUAUAGAGCAGCCGUUUGAUCGCAAGCAAGUUGAGAGAUAUGCAAGAUGCUUCCUUGAUUCAAGCUUGGAAGAGAGUCAAGCCGGCGCCAAAAUCGUAAUACGCGCCGGUGAACAUGGCUGCCUGUUCAUGUCCAACAUGGAUGAGCCCACAUGGCUGCCAACCUUCUACGAUUCUACAUCGGUCAAGAUUGUGGAUGCUACUGGCGCAGGCAACGCAUUUCUCGGUGCUUUGGCAAUCACGCUUCGGAGAACCAACGACCUCAAAGAAUCGGCAAUAUAUGGGAGUGUGGCUGCCAGUUUCGCUUUAGAACAAAUUGGCCUUCCCACUACCAGCAUACGACGUGGCAAGGAAGUCUGGAAUGGGGUCGAGUUCACGGCAAGGCUCAUGGAAUAUAGACUAACACUGGUCAACUGA